UUUCUAGCUGGCUCUAACUAUAAAUAAAUGUGAAGCCUAUUUGACAAUCUACGCUGAGAAUCAUUUCUAUAAUGGCGCAGUCUGUUGUAGGAUUCGGACUUUUUCCCCAAAUCAAGGGUCUAAGCAGUGGCGUAGAUCGAAGAUGGGUGGCGGCCCGCGAAGCAAAUAACGAUGUCGGGCAAAGAAAAGGGUACAAACCCAUUCAUGUCCUCCACAGUGGACGACGGCCGUCUCCACUGAAAUGUGCAAAUCAGAAUCAACUGCAACAAGGUAGGCGAACUCCUUGGCAAGAAGAAGAUCAGCGGCAAGAUGCACUAGUAGAGAAAGGGAACGCUCAAGCAAGUUAUAAAGCACCCCUUCCUGAUGAAGGCUAUCCUCUGCAACAGCCUGGUGGGUACCCUCCCUACACUUACAGCCAGCCUGGUUCCCCUCCCUACAACCAGAGUGGUUACCCUUACUCUGCUUAUCCUCCGCAACAGCCUGGUGGGUAUCCUCUGCAACAGACUGGUGGGUAUCCUCCGCAACAACCUGGUGGGUAUCCUCCUUACAGCCAGGAUGGUUAUCCUUCCCCUGGUUACUCUGCCUAUCCCCAGCAGUAUCCUCCGCAGCAGCUUUACCCUAAUGUGGGCUAUCCACAAUAUCAGUAUCCUCAGCAGUAUCCUCCACAACAGCCCUACCCGCCUUCUCCUCGGCGGUCAAAGUGGUCAAUCAUUAAAGCUAUGGCGGCUUUAGCAGGCCUCGCAGCAAACUUAGAGAAUAUCGCCAAUGGCAUCAGUGACAUGGUCUAGCAGAGACUGUCGAUGUGUUAUUUGCAAACUUUCUAACGGUGUUAUUAAAGAGCACUUUUGUUUAUUCAUUGUUUGUGGUAUGGUGAUAUUCAGAGCCCUUCUCUUUAUUCAUUUCUUGUGAUAGGGUGAUAUGCCGAUAUUAAGACUUCUUCUGUUUAUUAA